UCUCUCUCUCUCUCCUAACGCCUAAAGCCUACCUUCCCUCCCACCGCCGGAGCAAGAACGACCCCCGAAACCUCUCUCGAUUCACUGGGCCGGCGCUCUCGUCGCCUCCCUCUGUCCACGGGAUUUGGCGAGUGACAAUGGAUGGGAACACCAGAGGAGGCGGACAUUCUGAAGCAUUAAAGAACUACAAUCUGGGCACAACAUUAGGUAUUGGCUCAUUUGGAAAAGUGAAGCUUGCAGAGCAUAAGCUUACAGGACAAAAAGUUGCUAUAAAAAUUCUGAACCGUCGCCAAAUGGAAAUUAUGCAAAUGGAAGAGAAAGCAAAUAGAGAAAUUAAGAUAUUGAGGUUGUUCAGUGACUUCAUUCACCCUCAUAUCAUCCGGGUUUAUGAGGUCAUUGACGCACCUAAGGAUAUAUUUGUUGUUAUGGAAUAUUGCAACAAUGGUGAGCUAUUGGACUACAUUAUUGAGAAAGGGCGGUUACAGGAAGAUGAGGCUCGUCGAAUCUUCCAGCAGAUUAUAUCAGGUGUUGAAUACUGCCACAGAAACAUGAUUGUUCAUCAUGAUCUAAAGCCAGAAAACCUUUUACUUGAUUCCAAAUAUAAUGUGAAACUUGUUGACUUUGGGUUAAGUAAUGUCAUGCAUGAUGGCCAUUUUCUGAAUACAAGCUGCGGGAGUACAAACUAUGCUGCACCAGAGGUUAUCUCAGGUGAAGUAUAUGUUGGACCAGAGGUUGAUAUUUGGAGCUGUGGGGUGGUACUUUAUGCUCUUCUUUGUGGCUCUGUUCCAUUUGAUGAUGAAUAUACUCCCAACCUGCUCAAAAAGAUAAAGGGAGGUAACUAUAUCCUUCCAACUCAUUUAUCUGAUCUUGCAAAGGAUUUGAUCCCAAGAAUGCUUCUUGUUGAUCCCAUGAAGAGAAUCACAAUUCGCGAAAUUCGAGACCACCAAUGGUUUCAGAAUCACCUUCCUCGCUACCUGGCAGUGCCUCCACCAGACACAACACAGCAAGCCAAAAUGUUUAUCAGAAAUUUUCUUUCGAAGCUUUGAUUACCAUCCAACCAGGGGAGAUAACACGUGAGAUUAGCAGUCUUACAAAUUUAAGUGUUCGAAGACGGGAUGCGCUUUUCCCCAAGCUUCAGAAUUCUGCAGUUCGUCUGUUUUUUUUUCUGCAGUUCGUCUGUUGAACUAAGAAAAUAAUUUUAUACUUUAGAUACGAAGCCACUUAUUGAAUGCACCUUUUCUUAAGCUUGA